CUCAAAGUAGAGACACUACUUCUAGUCAUGGAGAAGACCUCGCCCCCUCAGCAAGAAGCAAAUAUACAGUUCCAUUUUCAUCACACGUCGGCAUUGUACUGCAAUAAAUCUAUCUUUUGAAAGACCAGGAAAACUGGGUCACUCAGACUCUGAUAGGGUGUUAUUCUGAGACUGUAAACAACAGUGUAGCUGCUCCAAGAAACAUCUGAGACCAGACCAAGACCACAGCAGUCCAUAUUUCUACAUAAUGAACUUCUGCUUUUUUGAUGAAUUAGAAGCAGCUUCUUGUCGUAACUUACAUUCUUACAGAGUAGAUCAGAAAAUAUAUCGAGAAAAUGGAAUGGCGUUAAAAGAGAAAGUGGAAAGGUUUUUUCCACUGACAUGAACUCAAGUCUUCCACUGUGUAGCUACUGGGGACGAGGCACAACUGUAACAGUCACAUCAGACGCCAUAAAGGCACCGACUGUUUUUCCCGUUCUGCCAUGCGACACUGGCAGUGGAGACAUUACCCUGACCUGCCUGGCCACUGGCUUUACUCCGUCCUCACUGACCUUUGCAUGGACCAAAGGAGACACGGCCAUUACAGACAUCAUCCAGUAUCCGACCAUCCAGAACCGCAAUGAUUUUACCGGGAUCAGUCAAGUGAAAGUGCGCAGACAGGACUGGGACAGCAAAGAGUAUUUUUACUGCAAAACAACCCACAAUGGAGAAGAAGAUAUUAAGUCUUUCCAAAGACAAGAGGUGUUUUAUAACCUGCCAACUCUUAAACUGGUGGCCUCCUCUCAGGCCUCCUCUCACGAGGCUUUCUUCGCCUGCUUUGCCAAUGACUUUUCGCCAAACACUUUCGAGUUUAAGUGGCUGAAGGACGACGCAGAAAUCACCUCCAGCAAAACCGAGAUCACCACUGCCUCCAAAGUCAAAGACAGGCAAGACGGGAAGGUGUACAGUGCAGCCAGUUUCCUCACCGUUGAAUCCAGCGAGUGGUCUGGCAACGCAAAGUUCACCUGCGAGUUUAAGGGAAAAGGUGAAAUCGGAGAUCAGUAUGUGAACGCAUCAGUGACUCACAUGGCCGCUUCCCCAAUUGCGAAUGACUGUCGCGAGAAGGAGCAGAGAGAUCUGCACAUCGAGAUCAUCCCCCCAGAGCCGGAGAACUUGUUAAUUCAAAAGAAAGGAAGCUUAAUCUGUGAUGUCUAUAUCAACAAGAAGGGCGUGACACACAUUUUCUGGAAGGACAUGGCCGGUUACUCUGUCAGGCCUGAGCAAGAUAAAACUGGAAAAAUAAGCCUCCCUAUGGACAUCACCUUUGACGAGUGGACAGCAGGGGUCCACCACACCUGUGUUGUCCAGCAUUCUGAGCUGCCGGAACUGACAAAGGAAUACACAAAACGGGCUGAAAAACAAAAUCGACCAGCGGUUUUCAUGUUCCCUCCAGUAGAGCAAAGUCAAACAGGCAUGGUGACCCUGACUUGCUUUGUCAAAGACUUCUUCCCCGAGGAUAUCAUUAUUACUUGGCUCGUCGACGACGUGCCAGCAGAUCCGGCCUUCUACCAGUCAAGCACCACCAAACCGGUCCUAAACAAUGGCUUGUAUUCGGCCUACUCCCAAUUGUCUUUCAAUGUUGACCAGUGGAACAGCAGCGGCGUGGAAUAUAGCUGUGUUGUUUACCACGAAUCUGUGGUCAACACUACAAAAUCCAUCGUCAGGUCCAUUGGGUCCAAAUCAUUCGAAAAAGUCAACAUGGUCAACCUCAACAUGAACCUAGCUGAUCGGUGCAAGACCCAAUUUCCUGUUUGUGGACUGCAAUGUAAAUGCUCCACAGCAAGAUCACUUGGGCAGGACUGCAUUUACCUUCAUCCUCCUCUUCCUCAUCACCCUCAUGUUCAGCAUCGGCACCAUUGUGAUAAAGAAGAAAGGAUUCUCCCUCCAAGAAUCACAUUGCUUCCUAUUAGGGAAGGAAAAUCUGACAACUCUGCUGUCCGGCUUCUGUGCACACUGAGCGACUUCUUUCCAAACACACUGAGUGUCGAGUGGCAACGAGACGGACAACAACUCUCAGAUGUGAAGGUGGUCGAAAAGAAGUAUCAAAGUGUUGGUGGUCACCCAAAAACCUUCAGUCUGAGCAGUGAGAUUGAGCCAGAUAUGUCAAAGUGGAACAAUGGUUCAACAUUUACCUGCAUAUCAACCCAAAAAAAACAAGAAUUCAAGGAGACAGCAAGUAUCUGUGGAACACACAGAGAUGCUUCUCCUACAAUUCAUGUGCAGAUCCCCAGCUUUCAGACAGGAAUGACGGGGUAUUCUGAUGUGACUGCGACAUGCUCAGUUCAGACCACCUUAGCAGUCACUGUGAUCUGGAUGAUGGAUGGCAAGCAACCCAUGAGCAACCAAGUGAGCCAGGCGACCAACUCAAGCCAUGUCAUAAGUAACCUGUCUGUUUCCAUUGAUGGCUGGAGAGACCUGAAGCAGCUGAAAUGUGUUGCAAACCAUCCCUGCUUCACCAUGAAAGAAGAAACUGUUACUGUAGCAGGUACCACUCCAUCAGUGGAGAUCAGACGAUCCCUCUCAGAUUUCCUAAAAGGAGAUGCUGCUGUGCUGGAGUGUGCAGUCAAUGGACUCUCCUCCAUCGACGCUUACAUCUCUAUCAAGGCCAAUGGACUUGAGAUAGCCGACAAACAGUUUCUAAACCUUCCUCAGUCUUCAGAUCUCCACUCAAUCACCAGACGUUUCAAAGUGUCAGAAGGCCACUGGGACAGGAGCUCAACGUUCACCUGCUCUGUGAAUCAAGGCUUCUCUGACAGCUUCCAUUCAGAACCCACUGGCAGAAUCUUUGAGGACCCAUCAGUGGAGCUCCUUCUAGUUCCCAGCGCAGAGUCAGGACCCCAGAGGCUCUUCUGCACUGGACAAGGCUUCAACCCACACAUCAAAUGGUUCAGCAAUUCUCAGGAAAAACAACCCUCAACCUAUGACAUCAGUGUCUGCUCAGAUGGACGUAUGAAAGUGACCAGUGAAGUGCGCAUCAUCCAAACUGAGUGGGAAUCAGGAGAGACCUUCACAUGUGAAGUGGCUGAUAAGUCUCUGAGCAAAACAAACAAGUCCACCGUCAGCAUCUGCUCAGUGACCCCGCCAUCAAGCCAGCUUGUUGGUGUGUAUGUGUGGGGACCAUCACAACAGGAGAACGACAACCAGGGCCCAGUCAUGGUCACUUGCCUUCUAGCAGGUUAUGAGCUCAAUGGUUUUUCCAUCACCUGGAAAGUAGAUGGUUCUGACCUUUCUCACAAGUCCAAACUGGAGCCACCAGUGAAGCACAGGAAUGGGACGGUGACUCAGCAAAGCUUCCUCAAUGUGUCCAAGGUGAAGUGGGACGCACAUAAACAGGUGUCCUGCAAAGCAAAACACAAAUGUUCCACUGAAGGCCAUGAGGAGUUCAUCAGCAAGUCCAAAGAUUUGCGUCCACCAACAGUGACAAUAAUCCCACCUUCUCCCUCCGAGCUGUCGGAAAUCAUCCCACUUGUUUGCCAAGUUUCUGGAUUUUUCCCACCUGACAUUCUGGUGUAUUGGGAGAAAGAUGGGGAAAGAGCUCCGCUCACUGCCUUCACCAACAGUCCAGCAUGGAGAUACACAGCCACAGAUACUUAUACAGUGAUCAGCAGAUUCAAUGCAUCAAGAGCUGAAGACCAUGAAUCCAACUACUCAUGUGUUGCCAGACAUGACUCAUCACGGAAGCCGUCUAGAGACUCCAUAAGGGACAUCUUUGCGUCACUCAGCCACACCAAGCCGACAGCUGCCCUGCUACAAGGGCCUGGAGAGCUUGUAUGCUUGGUGUCUGGCUUCAGUCCAGCAUCUAUUGACAUCACUUGGACAUAUGACGGCACCAAAGAACUUCUGGGAUUCAAUACAAGUGAACCUAUCCGAGGCCCUGAUGGAAAAUACAGCAUCCAAAGUCGACUGCGCCUCUCACCGGCUUACUGGCUACCUGGCGCUGUUCACACCUGCAAGGUGGAACAUGUGACCAGCACUUUAGUCCUGAAUGUGUCCAGACCAGCGACCAUGCAGGAUUGUGACUUCAUGGAUGGACUUGCUAAUCUGGUUGUAAGUCAAGACCUGGGAGGGGAAGCCUGGUACACGUCUCUGGCCUUCCUCAUUCUUUUUAUCCUCUCUACCAUCUAUGCAGUCGUCACCACUAUAAUAAAGAUCAUAUGAUGGCAUCAGCUCCUCUGUCAAAUAAACCACUGAUGUUUUUAAAGUAGGAAAAUAGCAAUUCAUAUGGAGAGUUGUUGUGAAUAGAAAAAUUGGAAUUUUAGAAUACAUCGGACUUGAAUUAUUGUAUCUGUGAAGAUGUAAUCUCAUUUACCAGUAGACAUUUUCUUUCAACCCUUUUUUCACUUCUUUUAUGAGAGUGAUCGAAUAAUUGUUCUAAUUUUGCCAUGCGUGUUUAAGGCUUUAAUUGUGUUUGCCGAGUUACGUUUUGGAACAUGCAAAAUUACAAAAAUACAAGUUUGUCUUUUGUUUUGCUUUGGUAAAUAAUAUUU